AUGCCUAGCCCUGAUAGAGACCCCGUCCUGCAGUUGUUAGUUGUUAGUAAGCCCCAGGCUUUGGCAAGGCCUUGGCCCUGGUCCUCCGACUGGAGGCAGGGUGGGAAGGAGGUGGUUGACCAGCAACUCUCUCCUCCCCAGGACAAAGGAGACGCUGGAGUCAAGGAGCUGGACGGCUUGAAGAGUGAUCGACUGAGAACUGUCCAGCUCAAUGUCUGCAAAAGUGAGGAGGUGGAGAAAGUGGUGGAGACCGUCCGCUCGAGCCUGGAGGACCCUGAGAAAGGCCUGUGGGGCCUCGUUAACAAUGCGGGCAUCUCAACUUUCGGAGAAGUAGAGUUCACCAGCAUGGAGACCUACAAGGAAGUGGCGGAAGUGAACCUUUGGGGCACAGUGAGGAUGACAAAAUCCUUUCUCCCCCUCAUCCGAAGGGCCAAAGGCCGCGUCGUCAACAUCAGCAGCAUGCUGGGCCGCAUGGCCAACCCGGCCCGCUCCCCAUACUGCAUCACCAAGUUCGGGGUGGAGGCCUUCUCUGACUGCCUGCGCUACGAGAUGCACCCGCUGGGCGUCAAGGUCAGCGUGGUGGAACCUGGCAACUUCAUCGCCGCCACCAGCCUCUACAGCCCUGAGCGCAUCCAGGCCAUCGCCGAUAAGAUGUGGCACGAGCUGCCUGAGGUGGUACGCCAGGACUACGGCAGGAAGUACUUUGACGAGAAGAUCGCCAAGAUGGAGACCUACUGUAACAGUGGCUCCACGGACACAUCCCCUGUCAUCAGCGCUGUCACCCACGCUCUGACCUCUGCCAGCCCCUACACGCGCUACCACCCCAUGGACUAUUACUGGUGGCUUCGAAUGCAGGUCAUGACCCACUUGCCCGCAGCAGUGUCCGACAGGAUCUACAUACACUGAAGACGGUCCCACUGGCCUCUGUUGGGGAGCCCUGGGGGGAGGGAAGAGAGAGGGGCGCAGGGAGGGAGGGUCUUGUGUGGUCGCCGCUUGAGUACCACCUUGUGCAUUACCCACAGUCCCAGGAGAACCUACCACCAGUUGUAGGAUUAACCAGAGGAGAUAGCCCAGCCCUACUUGUGUGCACGGCGAGUGGUUUGGGCCUUCUCGGUCGGCGUACGGAGUGGUGGGCAGGCUCCCUACACCUCAGGGCAAACAUAAUACAUCCAUCUUUCUCAAGUUGAUUUCAUACAAAGAGUUUGGGAAGACACAUUUAUAUUAAACACAGAUUUAUUAUGAAAUACAA